UUAGGUACAUCAUAAUAUAUAAACUCGUUAAAAAGUACACUAGCUAUCAGACUGCGGAUGAUAGACAGCAGAAGCUUUCCUAAACGGUACAAUGGCAUUCUACGCAGUUCUUGUGUUGAUCAGUUUGGCGGUUUCCACACAAAGUUUACCGCCCAGAAUAAUUGCAUCGAAGGAAUUGAGAUGCUACACAUUCCCGUUCGUAAGUCGUGAAGAAUGGAACGCCAGACCUCCAACAGUCAUUAACACACAGAACCUCCCUGUGCCCUUGGUUGUCAUCCACCACACGUACAUCCCUGGCGCUUGCUACAGUCGAGCCGAAUGUUCCAGAUCCAUGCAAUCCAUGCAGAAUACACAUAUGAAUACCAACGGCUGGGGUGAUAUUGGAUAUAAUUUCGCAGUGGGCAGCGAUGGAGUAGUCUACGAGGGCCGCGGCUGGAACCGUGUGGGAGCGCAUGCUGUUGGCUAUAACGUUAACAGUGUUGGAAUUGUCCUUAUUGGCGAUUGGGUUUCGGCUGUGCCUCCUAAAAUCCAACUGGAUGCUGCUAAGGAUCUAAUUCAAGUAGGCAUUGAGUUGGGUUACAUCAGUCCUGAUUACAAGCUGAUCGGCCACAGACAAGUUGGAGCCACAGAAUGCCCCGGACAAGCGCUAUUCAAUGAAAUAAAUAAUUGGGAAAGAUUCACAAGCUCUAUCUAAAUUUAUAUAGUUAGUUAAUAUUUGUUACAGCUUUUUUAUUUAUUUGAUGCGGAUUUAUUGUAUUAGAGUUGUUUUUGAGAAA